UAUUCAAUCUGACAUUUGGAACAGAUACGGAGUAAAUUCAGUUGCUGAUUUUUAAUUGUGGGAACCAACUGCACCCAGCGACGGUCCACAGUUAACCUAAGCUACUUACGUCUCCGCUGUUGCAGUUCCUGACGGCCAACAUGGGCUUGGAGCAUGAAGUCUUGCUGAUUCAGAAGACGCUGAUCCAGAUAUCAGCGUCGAGCGACGGUUCCCGAACGGAAGAGGCCUUGGAUCUGCUGGAGGCCCUGCAGAGGCUGGACAUCGACCUGGAUAUGCUGGUCAAAACGCGCAUCGGCAGGACGGUCAACGAGCUGCGCCGGAGCGGCCAGGACCACAACGUGAUUACCCUGUCCAAGAUCCUGUUGAAGAAAUGGAAACGCUUCCUGUCCAGCCCGUCCCCAGCGGACCCAGCCACAGCCUCAGCCUCGGACCCAGCCAACUGCACAGCCGCCGCCAAUGAGAGCUCGAACACAUCGCAGUCCUCGAGUUCCAGCUACGAGAAGUCUGGCUGUAGCAGCAGCAGCAGUUCCUCCUCAGGGGUCAAGUGCGAGGAGAAGAUUCCCGUCCACUUGGGCGGCAUGACGGAUGCCGUGCGCUUGAAGUGCCGCGAAAUGCUGACCGCAGCGCUGAAGGUCGGUCCAGUGGCCGAAGGUUGCGCCGAGCCCGAGCAAAAGGCCGCCGAGCUGGAGGAGGUCAUCUACUCGGAGUUCAAUAAGACGGACACAAGGUACAAGAAUCGCAUUCGAUCGCGUGUGUCCAAUCUGAAGGAUCCGAAGAAUCCUGGACUGAGCAGCCAUUUCCUGUGCGGCGCCAUCUCUGCCGGGCAGCUGGCCAAAAUGACGCCCGAGGAGAUGGCCAGUGAGGAGCUGAAGAAGCUGCGCGAGAAGUUCGUCCGGGAGGCCAUCAACGCUGCCCAGCUAGCCAUCGUGCAGGAAACCACUGCAGAUGUCUUCGAUUGCGACAAUUGCGACAAUUGCGAGCAGCCGUCGAGCCCCUGAGCACUGCGGCAACAUGCGGCGCAAGCGGCUCAAAGUUCACACUGUAACACGGUAACCCACGUAUCCAUGUAUCCAAAUAGCAACCCCCUCCCCACACACAUUCCAUUAUUGCAUUGUAAUGACAGCCAGAGAGGAAAUGUCAAUAAACAUUAACUGCUGAU